AUGAUUUUAUACGAGAUUUUAUUUAAUACUAGAAUUAAAAGCAUAAAAUUUAAAAGUAAAGAAAAAAAUCUUUUUUAUUUUAAAAAAAAUUUUUUUUCUAAUGAAAAAAAGUAUUUUAAAAUAGGAAUUGUAGGAGCAGGUCCAUCGGCUUUAUAUUGUUGCAAAUAUUUUUUAAAAAAUGAUAAUAUAAAAGUUGAUAUUUUCGAUAAAUUACCUAACCCAUAUGGACUAAUUAGAUAUGGUGUAGCACCUGAUCAUGUACAAGUAAAGAAUACUUAUAAAACUUUUGAUACUGUUUUUUUAAAUAAAAAUUACAGAUUUUUUGGUAAUGUAAAUAUUGGUGUAGAUUUAAAAAUAGAAGAUUUAAGAAAUUAUUAUAAUGUUUGUAUUUUUUGCUGUGGUGCUUCUGAUAUUUCUUUACCUAAUUUAGAAAAUGAGGAAAAUAAUGGUAUUUUUCAUGCAAAAGAUCUUAUUUAUUAUUAUAAUAAUUAUUAUGAAGAAUUAAGGUGUAAAAAUGUAGAUAAUUAUUUAAAUUCUUUUGAUAAUUUUACUAAUUCUGUUAUCAUAGGGAAUGGAAAUGUAUCAUUAGAUAUAGCUCGAAUUUUAACUAAAUCAGAUGAUGAUUUGAAAAAAACAGAUAUUAACAUUAAUUUUUUAAAUUCCAAAAAAAAACAUCAUUUUAAACAUAUUUAUAUUAUAGGAAGAAGAGGGUUUUGGCAAUCUUCCUUUACAAAUGGAGAAUUAAGAGAAUUAUUGACCUUAAAUAACACAAAAGUUAUAUUAAAUAAAGAUAAUUAUGAUUUAUGUUUUCAUUUAAAAAAUUAUGAUGAAAAUUCUAGUAUAAAACAAAGACAAAAUAAACUCUUUUUAAAUAUGGUUAAAAACUAUGAAGAUCUUGAAAAAAAUAAAAAUUUAUAUGAGAAUCAUAAAAUUAUUGAAUUCAUUUUUUAUUAUGAAAUAAAAAAAGUUAAUUAUAUUAAUAAUUAUAUGAAAAAUAUAGAAUUUGAAAUAAACAAAAAUUUACAAAUAUCUAAUCCUUCUAUUCAAAAAAAGUAUUUAACAACCCCCUUACUCAUAUUUGCUACAGGUUUCAAAAAAAAUGCAUUCAAUGAAAAUUUAUAUAAUAAAUCUAUAGAGAAAUUUAAAGAGGAUAUUUUAAGUAAUAAAUUUGGAAUUUUUAAAGCUGGAUGGUUUGAUGGAGGGGCUAAGGGUAAUAUAGCUAGUCAAAUUGUAAACUCUAAAAAUAGGAUAUCCCUUAUUUUAAAUUUUCUUCAAAAUACUACCACAUUUUUUGAUAAUGAUAUAUGUACUUUAUUAAAUAAAAAGAAAAUUCACUUUGUUAAUUUUAAUGAUUGGAUAUAUAUUAAAAAUUACGAAGAGCAGAAUGGAAUACAAAAGGGUAAAAUCACAGAAAAAUUUAAUACAGUAAAACAGAUAUUACAAAUAUUGGAUGAAAGAAAAUAA